AUGGUGAUAACCCGUAAUGGCCGUGGACGCAAUCGCGCAGUACUCCUCCGCCAAUGUGUGGGUCUGGGCCGACGCCGCGAGUCCGCGACUUUAAACCCAACCCUGGCCUAUUACCAGAGCUGGGUUUAUAGAGAGGCCGGACUCCGGGGUUACCGAGCUGCCAACGGACCGCCCAUCGGGGCAACCUUGCAGCGCUGCUGGUCAAAGGUAGAUGCCAUUCCCUCCCCUUCCGGAGUUGACGCAGCCUGCGGCAAAGUGACAACUGGCCGCACACAGUCGGGUCGCGCCUCCAUAAACCUGCGUGCAACAAGCGCGCAGCUCGCACAGCAGAGUGGGCUGCGCAGUGAUGGCAAUGGCCAAACGGCGCUCAAGGCCCCCCUGCACAGCACUCGUGCACGCGGAGGACACCGGGGUGCCGCAGCCAGGGCCGCCCCGUCCGCCACACACAUGUACGACACCACGAGCACGCACAACGGGGGGUGGGGUCAUCUGCUAGUAGCCACCCCUCCGGCGGCCCUGGCGGCCCUGAAGGCCUGCCUUUCCGAAUCCUUCAAGGUAACCUGCAGCCGCAGCGAACGGAUCUUCGUUUCCAUUAAUGACAUUCAUGCACAAGCAAACAUCCAGCACGAGGGGCGACCCCACGCACCCGACCAAGGCCACUUGCAGUGGCAGUGGUGGAGGUGGAGGUUGCCAAUACGGCCCAGCCUUGAAAGAUUCGAGGAGUAA